AUGAGUAUGAUUCCUCAGCCUGCCGCUGUGACAAUGAUUGAUAAAGGAAAAUCAAGAAAUGUCUUUCUUAAAAUCGAUCACCAUAAUGAUAAAGGAUUUAUAUUGUAUGUAGGAGACUCUCCAAACUCAAUUUUGUUUAAAACAUCAUAUCCAAUAAAAAGAUCAAUUGUAGAAGCUAAGCCUUCGGACCCUACCAAAUGUUCUCUUCUUUUCCUUACUACAACUCAAGAAAUCACAUUCUCUUUCAAAACCCCUGAAGAAGCCAAUUCAUAUUUAAAGUUUAUUAGCGAAAAAUCAGAUGUUCAUGCAGAAAACAGAGCAAUUGAGCAACUUGAUGAGGAAAUGAAGCAAAUGUGGCCUUUGCCAGGCGGAAAUUACUUUUAA